AAAAAAAAAAAAUUAAUAAACAUUUAUUUUAAUAAAAAUUUAAUUACAAGAAAAUUUAAGUAAUCAUGAGUCGAAUUUUUAUUUUUGCAUUCGUUUUAUUUGCUACGCUUUUUGCGGUCAAUGCAGCACCACUUGAAAAAAGAGAAACUUCAUUUCCACCAUGUCCCGAUUUGCCACCAGAUGCAGUGGGACUCGAUGUAAAAAUGACACCUGAUCCCUUCGCUCCUGGACAAGAAGAAACGUUCGACAUUAAAGGAACAUUGAAAAAUGAUAUUAUCACUGGAGAUUUGCUUGGUAUUGCAUUCAUCAAUCUUGCCGAGAAACAUCCCGUAGGAGGUCCCCUCAUUGUGGAUAUUUGUUCAUUACCUGGAGUUACUUGUCCGAUUAAAGCCGGAACUACAUUUUCUACAACGCAGAAAUACAUUGCACCAGGCGCAGAAGAGUUGCCUAAAUCAUACGCUAUUGUAAUUGCAAUUGAACAUGGAAAUCCACCUGAUAGUGUAGCAUUAGCCUGUUCAGCUGCUAUUUUUGGUGCUAGUGAACCUCCUGCUGUACCUGCAGAUUUGGACUUUUGGGGUUUUUUAUAAGUGCUUGAUGUACUUAUUUUACACGAAUCUUUAAUUAUUAAUAAGUAAAUUAAUUAGUUAAUUGAUUAAUAACAAUUUUAUUUUUAUUUUAUUUUAAUUUUUUUUUUAUAUUUAUUAAAUAAAUAAAUAAAUUCUUUUUUUGCGUUUAAAAUAUUAAAUGUGAAAUAUUUUAU